UUCAAUAGGAAGGAUCUUUGCAAGAGCGUAAACCCUGAUGAGGCUGUUGCUUAUGGUGCAGCUGUGCAGGCUGCUCUCUUGAAUGAAGGCAUUAAGAAUGUUCCAAAUUUGAUAUUGAAAGAUGUUACUCCGCUUUCACUUGGCGUAUCGGUACAGGGGGAUCUGAUGAGUGUUUUGAUUCCUAGGAACACAACUAUUCCUAUAAAGAAGAAACAAGUUUUUCUGACAUGCCAAGAUGACCAAUUCCUAGUCAAGAUUAAGGUUUAUGAGGGCGAGAGAGUGAAAGCCAGUGAUAAUGAUUUGUUGGUUUCUUUUUCUAUUUCUGGCUUUCCCCCAGCUCGUCGUGGCUAUCCUUUUUAUGUGACUUUUGCAAUAAAUGAAAAUGGCAUUCUUUCCGUUUCUGCUGAGGAAAUAGUAACCGGUAAUAGGGAUGAAAUUAUAAUAUCCCAUAAAGGAAGACUAUCAAAUGAAAAAAUUAGUGAAAUGAUUAAAGAAGCAGAGAACUAUAAGUUUGAAGAUGAGAAGUUUCUUAAGAAGGCCAAAGCAAUGAAUGAUUUAGAUGAUCAUGUUUAUAAGAUCAAAAAGGCCUUAGAGAAGAAGAAUUUCAGCUCAAAGUUGAGUUCGAAAAAAAAGAAAGAUAUCUGUUCUAAAAUUUCUAGAGCCACUGAUAUGCUGGAUAGGCGGAACGAGAUGGAAGAUAUAGUUGCUAUUGAAGACUUUCUGAAAGAUCUUAAAGCAAUCAGUGAACGAAUUAUGGUCAUGGAGAAGAUUGCCUAG